AUGCAAGAGCCUAAGGUUUCUCAUGGUGUGGCCUUAAAACAAGUACUUAGGUACUUGCGCGGAACAACUAAUCAGACCAACAUUUCCUUGAAUGGAUCUCCUUCCUCAUCUCCUGUAGCAGGAGAAUCGAACCCUAAUCAUGGGUUUUUCCAACGGAUCGUCACCACGGCUGAUGAGCAGCGAAAGACCUUAUCUACUGGAACGGUGAUACUGUUCUCUGCAGUAGAUGUUCUUUUGCUUAACCCGCUUCUUGCAUCACCUGCUUAUGCUACCUUUCAAACCGUAGCUAAAUCCGGUUGGCUAACAAGUGCCUGGACCGGUUUCCUCGCUGGUUGCUUACACACACUCUCAGGACCAGACCACCUCGCUGCUCUAGCUCCGCUUUCGAUCGGACGCACUAAAAUGGAGAGUGCUUCUGUCGGAGCUCUCUGGGGAUGUGGGCACGACGCUGGUCAAGUCAUCUUCGGUUUACUGAGUAAUGGGAAUCAAAGAAGCUUCCGAAGUAGUAGUACCUUGUGUCGCCUUAGAAACCGGCAUGGUAGCAACGGAAAAAGAGGCCUUGAUGCCUCUCCCAAGAAGAAGAAAAUAGGGCUUGCUACAUUUGCGACUGGAGUGGUUCACGGGUUACAACCAGAUGCUCUGAUGACUGUGUUGCCUGCAUUGGCUCUGCCGUCUCGGUUAGCUGGGUUUGCGUUUCUUAUAAUGUUUCUGGUUGGUACGGUGGUGGCAAUGGGGAGUUACACAGCGUUUAUUGGGUCUUGUUGUGAGGCAUUGAAGGAGAAGAUGCCAAGGAUCACAGAGAAGCUAACUUGGGUUUCGUCUAUAAUGGCAAUAGGUCUUGGUUUGGGUAUUGUCAUCAGCCCUUUCUUUGGUUUUAACCUCUACUGA